GAAAUACCGGAAAAACAACUUUUAAUAGAGAUCUAGACCUUAGUAGUCUUCUACAUGAUUUAGACAAGACGUAGACCUCUAUUUCUAAUACGUACGUUCAUAUUUAACCUCUUCAGAACGAGGUUUAAAUCUAGCUUGCCUGUCUUCAUUGAUUUUUCUUUAUCACCAUCUUAUAAUUUAGUAACAUCGUUGACAGAAUGACCGGCUCACCCACUAACAGAACAACAAUGCGAUCAAGUCGCACACCACCGUUUCUCAUUAUAGCCUUACUUAUUGUUGUUGGAUUUUUGUCUUACAACUAUUGGAAAUUUUACAACAUCAAUUCUGAACUCCGAGCAGAGGUGGAAGCAGUUCGAAUUCAGGCACGAGAUACGGAUUCAUCAAAAUUGGAGUCUGAAAGAAAUUUAAAUACAGCAAGAGAGGAAAUCAAACAAAUUCAAGGAAGUCGAGAUGCAUUACAGAAAGCUGUUCAGGAAAAAGAUAAAGAAUUGACAACCUUAAAAGCAGACUUGAAAAAGGCUCAAGAAGAAUUAAAUGGCGUGAAAAAAUCCUUGGGUGAAUGUGAUGCAAACCUUCAAACACAAAAAAAAGAAGUUGAUGCCCUUAAAGCUGAAAAAGCUGAAUUUGAUAAAAAAUUGGAAGCUGAAAAAACUAAACCCCAAGUGUGUGAUUUGAAAUCCUGUUCUGAGCCUCUAAAGCAGAUACUAGAUAUAUCCUCUAAACUUACUGGCACAGAACAACUUAGUAAAGCCCUGACUGAGGCUAAAUUAAAUGCUGAGGAAUUAUUGCAAAAUGUUCCUAAAUACCAAGCACCACAACAACAAGCUGGUAACUGAGAGCUCCAGGUAACUUGGAACAUUAUUUGGAUAAGAUGACUGUAAAAAUGGAACUUUUGUUAUAACUUAUUCAUUUUUAAAUGUAUGAAUGUGCUAAAUUAAUGGUGCAAGCAAAUACUAUCAUCCCCUAUGAACUACCAGCCUACUAUUGAUAGAAGAAUCUCAAUACAUUACGGUACACAUGUAUUAUCAUUUUGUUUCUUAUGACAAAAUUCAGAGAUGCAGCAACAAAUGUUUUGUGUUACUCUUCUGAUAACAUUGCUGUAUUUUUCUUCUCUUAACUGAACAAACAUUUAUCUUAAUAGCAACAUCUGGUCAGAAGUAUUAUAUUGAUUUGUCCCAUCUUGCUUUGUCCUCACCAUUUAAAAAAAAAAUUCUUAGUAAGCCAACUUAUUUUUUUCUUAAUAGCCUUUGGUUUUGGAGGGCAUAAAACAAAUUCAAUGCAGAGUCUGUCCUCUUUCUGAGUCUGUCCUCUUACUGGAGGGCUAUAUUGAUUUUUAAAAAAUGUUCUGGGUGAUAUUGCGUAGAGUAAUGUAUGGUGUCUACAUUAAAUUAUACACUUUUGAUUAACCUUUCAUGUGUUGAUGGUAAUGUUGAACCUCAGAGUAGGGCUUGUACCUUUAAUUUACAACACUUUUUAUCUGGUUUUGUUUUUUUAAAGAGGGUAAUUUUUUGUUUUGUGUUGCCAAAAGAAAGUAUGGUAAAGUAGUUCUCUAAUGGUAUAAAAAGGUUGUUCAGAUAAAUAUUCUUGGGUUUCUUAAUUUAAUUAGAAUAAAAAUAGUUAAUCCUUUAAUAAUACCAGAACCUGUGUAUCCUCUUUGUUGAAUGUUAAUCUAAAAACUGUUGAUAUUUACUCAACUUGUUCAGAUUGAUCAAUUGCUGCAUAAUAUUCUGUUUUAAGAACAAUUUAAAUAUGUGAUCCAUUACCUCCAAAUGAGUCUUAUUGCCUAUUGCACCUUGACAUAUUUUAGGGAUUUAAAAAAAAUAUCAGAGAGCUGUCAUAGAAAAUGACAUGCAUAAGCUCAUUUCUCGAACAAAGUUAACGAAUUUACAUGUAAUUUUUUUAAAAAGCACUCUUGACUAUUUACAAAAUAUUUAUUUCUAGAACCAAAAAUAAAAUUGUCAUUUAUACACUUCAGUGCCUAAAGGGUUUGGGAAAUAAGAAUUGCUGACAGCUGGUAUAUACUCAAAUCACAAUAUCUGUUGAAAAAGGCAAGAUUUGACAGCAUUUCAUAUUGCAUUCUUCUCAUCUCUGAUUCUAGGAUUUAUUCUUAUAAUUUAAGAACCUAUAACUAGUAUAGGAAUGUGGUGGCUACCACACGUAGUGGUCACUUGUUCAAAUCCUUGUGACAUGGGAUUUCAAAUUUAAUGGUAACAUGAAACCUUGUUAACCAUUGGCAAAAAAAAAAAAACAUGCAACAUUUUCUUUCUCAGCAACCAUGAAGUCUCCAAUGUUGAUUGAUUGUUUUUUUUUUAUUCUUUUAAAAUACGACUCAUUUAGUGGUGAUAGGUCCAUAUGAACAAUCAUUAAGUGACCAUAUUAUACUAUACUUUUAUAUGUAUAGUUCUUUAAUAAAAGUAAUUCUAACAUUUGGGUGAAACAGCUUUAUUUAAUUCUCAUAGACAUAGCCCACUGUGAUUUUUGCAGUCAUUAUUUGCAUCAGUUUCAUUAGAGUAAAAAAAAAAAUGUCUCAGUCCAGUUGUUACUACUAUAAAGUAAAUAAAAACUGUCUCUUAGGAGAAAAUAUAGUAUUUGUAUAUCUAUAUAAUCAUGAUUUUUCAUCUUUCUAUCCAGUUUUUGUUGCAUGUAUAAAAGUCUCUAAACUCUUUUAGUGCAAAUUAUUUUGAUGUAGUUUUCCAAGAUGAAUGAACACACAUUUUCAAGGGAAUAUGGGGGGGGGGGGGGGGGAGAAUUACUAAAACUAACAUAACUUUUUUAUUUUAUUAAAUAAUCUAACAUUUGAUUUUGUUUUAAAGGAAAAUGAAUGGGCUACAAAUAUUUGAUAAAUAAAAGGAAUUAUUCUAGAAAAUUAUUUUUCAUUAAUUUUAAACUGAGCACAGAAAAAGAAAACAUUUUUAAAUUUCAUUAAAAAAUCAAUAUACUGAAAGAUUUAACCUUUUAAUUAAAUAUUUAAUCCAUAAAUAUUUAAAAAUCACAAUACCAAACACAUUUAAUGACUUCAAAUUUCAUAAAAGAUGAACAAUUGCACUAAGACAUUGUAUUUACAUUUUUCUGGUCCCAGGAAA